GCGGGAAAAAAAAGAUAAGCUCGCGACAGGAGAAUUUUCAAAUACGCUGCCCGUCGCUAACGGUUCCCGAUCCGCCAAACGGGCGGAAGGAGGAGGAGGAAGGUGGGGGGGCAGCGGCCAUACAGACGCAAACGGCGGUAACGGCUAACGAGUGGCCCCGGGGGGAAAAGGGGAGGAAUAAGGCAACCCAUUGAACACAUCACAUUGUCGUCAUGGCGGAUGAAAGUGAAUGGAUGAAGCUGCCAAUUGACCAGAAGUGCGAGCAUAAAAUCUGGAAAGCUCGAUUGAAUGGCUAUGAAGAAGCUUUGAAGUUGUUUCAGAAGAUUAGUGAUGAAAAAAAUCCAGAAUGGGCAAAAUACCUUGGCUUGAUCAAGAAAUUUGUAACCGACUCAAAUGCUAUAGCUCAGUUGAAAGGACUGGAAGCAACAUUUGCUUAUGUACAACGUGCCCAUGUUGCAGGAAAAACUGCUGGAGAGGUGGUGUCAGGAGUUGUAAAUAAAGUAUUUAACCAGCCAAAAGCCAGAGCAAAAGAAUUGGGGAUUGACAUUUGUCUGAUGUACAUAGAAAUAGAAAAGGCUGAGCCAGUUCAAGAAGAGCUACUUAAAGGAUUGGACAACAAAAACCCCAAGGUUAAUGUGGCCUGUAUAGAAACUAUAAGGAAGGCACUCAGUGAAUUUGGUUCUAAAAUAGUGCAACUGAAGCCAAUUGUCAAGGUCUUGCCAAAAUUGUUUGAAUCGCGUGAAAAAGCAGUUCGAGAUGAAGCCAAGCUGUUGGCAGUGGAAGUCUACAAGUGGAUUCGUGAUGCCUUGCGACCACCACUGCAAAAUAUCAACAGUGUGCAGCUGAAAGAACUCGAAGAAGAAUGGGUUAAGUUGCCAGCUACAGCUCCGAAACAGUGCCGGUUUCUGCGAUCUCAGCACGAUCGCAAACUUAAAUUUGAACAGCAGCAAGCAGCAGGCGGUGAUGCCGAAGAUGGUGAGGAAGAUGCAGCACCUAUUGUGGAUGCUUAUGAUCUUCUACAGUCUGUUGAGAUUCUUUCAAAGCUUCCAAAGGAUUUUUAUGAAAAAAUUGAGGCUAAGAAAUGGCAAGAGAGGAAAGAAACUCUGGACGCUCUUGAGGUGCUUGUGAAAAACCCCAAGCUAGAAUCUGGAGAUUAUACUGAUCUUGUGAGAGCACUUAAAAAGGUUAUUGGAAAGGACACAAAUGUAAUGCUUGUGACCUUGGGUGCAAAAUGUCUUUGUGGUUUAGCAACUGGUCUCAGGAAAAAGUUCCAGUCCCACGCUGUUCAUGUGGUGCCAACAUUAUUGGAAAAAUUUAAAGAGAAGAAACCUCAGGUGGUUCAGGCCUUGCAAGAAGCUAUUGAUGCAGUCUUUCUCACAACUACAUUGCAAAACUUAAGUGAAGAUGUACUUGCUGUGAUGGACAACAAAAACCCAUCAAUCAAGCAGCAAGCGUCACUCUUCUUGGCAAGAAGUUUCCGUCACUGUACUCCAUCCACAUUGCCAAAAAGUCUCCUAAAACCAAUUUGUGCUGCACUGCUUAAGCAAAUUAAUGAUUCUGCCGCUGACGUGAGAGAUGCUGCAUUCGAAGCACUAGGUACUGCACUAAAAGUGGUUGGUGAAAGAGUAAUGAAUCCUUUCCUUGCUGAUGUGGAUAAACUGAAGCUUGAUAGGAUCAAAGAAUCUUCAGAUAAAAUAGAAUUGGGUCAUGGGAAGAAGGAUGCAUCUGGUGUGUCAAAGGAAGGAAAGUUUGCUGCUCCUCAAGGAAAAGCUGGUCCAUCUACAUCAGGUGGUGACAAAGUAGAUGCUCCUGUAGCCAAACCUGGCGGACCUUCAAAGAAAGCUCCUGCAGGCAAGACUGGUGGACCUCCUAAAAAAGGCCGAGCAGGAGGGGCUUCUUCAAGUGGGAAAGGGAGAAAAGCAACAGAAGUUAAAGAGAGAGAACCUGAGCUUUCUAUUGAAGUAUGUGAAGAGAAAGCAGCAGCUGUGUUGCCAGCCUCCUGCCUGCAGCUACUUGACAGUGGUAACUGGAAAGAAAGGCUGGCCAGCAUGGAGGAAUUUCAAAAGGGAGUAGAAGUCACCGAGAUGAGGCAGAUGCCCUGCCAGGCACUAGUACGGAUGCUGGCUAAAAAACCAGGCUGGAAGGAAACUAACUUCCAGGUGAUGCAGAUGAAGUUGCAUAUUGUUGCACUGAUUGCCAAAAAUGGGAAUUUUUCCACAACAUCAGCAGAAGUUGUAUUGGAUGGUCUGGUUGACAAAAUAGGAGAUGUAAAAUGUGGAAUGAAAGCAAAAGAAGCACUUACUGCAAUAGCAGAUGUGUGCUCCCUUCCAUGGACAGCUGAACAGGUCGUCGCAAUGGCUUUUGCACACAAAAAUCCUAAAAACCAAUCCGAAGUCCUGAACUGGUUGGCAAAUGCGAUCAAGGAGUUUGGAUUUGUUGGGAUAAAUGUGAAGGCUUUCAUUAGUAAUGUGAAGACUGCUUUGGCUGCUACAAACCCUGCGGUACGAAUAUCUGCUGUUACUUUGCUGGGUGUGAUGUACUUGUAUGUGGGAGCACCUCUCAGAAUGUUUUUUGAGGAUGAGAAGCCAGCUUUGUUGUCACAGAUUGAUGCUGAAUUUGAGAAGAUGCAGGGACAAGUUCCUCCUGUUCCUGUGAGAGGUGGAUCUAAAUGUGGUGGUGGGGGUGGUGGUGAUGAUGAAGUAGCUGAAGAUCAGGAUGAGGAAGACGGUGGACAGCAUUUUCAAGAUCAUUUGCCAAGAUCAGAUAUAAGUGACAAGAUUACUUCAGAACUUGUCGGCAAAAUUGGAGACAAAAACUGGAAGAUCAGGAAAGAAGGAUUGGAUGAAUUGAGUACCAUUCUAAAUGAGGCCAAAGUUAUUCAGCCAAAUAUUGGAGAACUUCCUGGAGUACUUAAAGGACGGCUUAAUGACUCGAAUAAGAUUCUGGUACAGCAAACGCUUGCAAUCAUGCAGCAGAUGGCUACAGCAAUCGGGCCUAAUCUCAAACAACAUGUUAAAAUGCUUGGAAUACCUAUUUGCACGGUGCUUGGUGACAGCAAGAGUAAUGUUCGUGCCGCAGCUCUUGUAACACUGAAUUCUUGGGUUGAUCAAACUGGUAUGAAAGAAUGGUUGGAAGGGGAAGAUCUUUCUGAUGAACUUAAGAGAGAAAAUCCUUUUCUUCGGCAGGAGUUGCUAGGUUGGCUGGCAGAGAAAUUACCAACACUGAGAACUGUGCCCUCUGAUGUCAUGCUUUGUUUGCCUCAUCUCUACUCUUGCUUGGAAGACCGAAAUGGAGAUGUUAGGAAGAAGGCUCAAGAUGCACUGCCAACUUUUAUGAUGCACCUAGGCUUUGAAAAAAUGGUUAAGGCAACGGGCAAAUUAAAGCCUGCCUCAAAAGACCAAGUGAUAGCAGCUCUUGAGAAGGCCCAUGCUGUUAUGCCAGCCAAGCCAGCUAAAACAUCUUCAAAAUCAAGUGAGGGUACAGUUGCCUCUGCUUCAUCUGCUGGUAGAUCAUCCAGUGCAGCCUCGCGUGCACAGAAUGCAGGGACAAGUGAUGAUUCAGGUGCUUUUGAGCUUAAAGCCGAUCCGAAGAAGGCCAAAGUGUCUGGAGCUACUGCCAAAGCCAAGUCUGUACUUGGUAAGAAAGUGCCAAGUAAGACAAAUCUCAAGGAUGAUGAAGAUAAAUCUGGGCCAAUCUUCAUGAUUAUUCCUAAUGGAAAGGACCAACGGAUGAAGGAUGAGAAAGGUUUAAAGGUGUUGAAGUGGAAUUUUACAACUCCUCGAGAUGAAUACACAGAACAACUGAAAACUCAGAUGUCCAGCUGUGUAGCCAAAUGGUUGCAAGAUGAAAUGUUCCAUCCAGAUUUUCAUCAUCACAUCAAAGCAUUAACAGUUUUGAUAGAGCAUUUGGAAAAUGAAAUAGAGGGUUCUAUUGGCUGCCUGGAUCUUAUUCUGAAAUGGUUGACUCUCCGUUUUUUUGACACAAACACCAGUGUAUUGAUGAAAGUCCUGGAGUACUUGAAGCUCCUAUUUGCACUUCUGAGCAGAGAGGAUUACCAUUUAAUUGAAAAUGAGGCCUCUUCAUUCAUUCCGUAUCUAAUUAUCAAGGUUGGAGAAUCAAAAGAUAUUGUUCGCAAGGAUGUUCGUGCCAUUCUGAAUGUGAUGUGCAAGAUUUAUCCAGCAAGUAAAAUGUUUAUCUUUAUUAUGGAUGGCCUGAAAUCUAAGAACUCAAAACAACGAGUAGAGUGUUUAGAAGAACUGGGUGCUUUAAUUGAAGCUUAUGAUAUGAAUGUGUGUCAGCCAACUCCAGCCAAAGCUCUGAAGGAAAUUGCAAGUCAGAUUGGAGACCGAGACACAUCAGUCCGUAAUGCUGCCUUGAACACUUUGGUUACCGCUUAUAAUAUCUGUGGAGAUCAAGUUUUUAAAUUGAUUGGAAAUCUUUCAGAGAAAGAGAUGAGCAUGUUAGAGGAGAGAAUCAAACGAUCAGCCAAGAAACUCUCAACGGCACCAUUAAAACAGGCAGAAGAGAAAACUCAAAGAUCGCAAGGGCAAAGUUCAAAUGCUGCCAUGCCACGUAAAGGCUUUGAAGAAGUACCAUCCAAACUGAAAAUAAUGUAUCGAACCUAUCGAAUUCAAGCACGUGCCAAUAACGUACACGCGACGUCUGAAGCUAGUCAUGCAAUCCCAAAAGAGUUCCAGCUAGAUCUUGAUGAAAUAGAAAAUGACAACACUGCUGGUGGAUGUGAAUUGCCAGAUCUAGUACAGCACAAACUUGAUGAACUCUAUGAACCAGUUUGUAUUCCAGAACCAAAAAAUCGUGCAGUUUCUCCACAUUUUGAUGACCUGCACAGCAACACAACAUCUACUAUCAAUUUUGUUGUGUCACAGGUGGCAAGUAAUGAUAUCAACACCAGCAUUCAAGCCCUUGCCCAGAUUGAUGAAGUUCUGCGUCAGGAGGAUAAAGCUGAAGUUAUGUCUGGUCAUAUUGAUCAGUUGCUGGUUGCCACAAUUGUGCAACUUCGAUUAAUUAAUAAUACACACAUGGCUGAUGAAAAGUUUAACAGGAAUGACAUCCUGAAGCUUUAUAGCUGUAUCAUUGGGGACAUGAUUACGUUGUUUCAAAUAGAAACUUUGGCUAAGGAGGCUUCUGUAGGAGUAUUAAAGGAUCUCAUGUAUGGGUUAAUUUUACUGAUGCUGGACUCUCGCUUGGAAGACUUGGAUGAGGGACCACAGGUUAUUCGAUCGGUCAAUCUAUUGAUGGUGAAAGUUUUGGAAAAAUCUGAUCCAACCAACAUCCUGAGUUCCUUGAUUUUACUACUGCAGGAUAGUCUUCUGGCUACAGCAAAUAACUCUCCCAAGUUUUCAGAGCUGGUUAUGAAGUGUUUAUGGCGCAUGAUACGCCUUCUCCCAAGUAAUGUCAAUAAUAUCAACGUUGACCGAAUACUUUUGGACAUACAUAACUUCAUGAGAGUCUUCCCAAGGGAAAGGUUAAAACAAAUGAAGAGCGAUCUUCCAAUGAGAACACAAAAGACACUCUUGUAUACACUUUGCAAGUUAAUGGGACCAAAGAUCAUGGAUCAUUUGACAAUGAUAGAGAACAAGAAUGAAUCUGAACUUGAGGCUCAUCUGCGACGAGUUACUAAACACUCCAUGGCUUUGUCAGGAGGAAAAAUUGACUCUGACACUGAGAAAGGGGGUUCUACGAUGGAUGACAAAGAAUCAAAAGCUAAGAUAAGUGAAACUUUGGCAGAAAUAUUUAAGAAGAUUGGCUCUAAAGAAAAUACAAGAGAGGGUUUAGCAGAGCUGUAUGAAUAUCGGAAGAAGUAUUCAGAUGCAGACAUUGAGCCAUUCUUGAAGCAAUCUUCCCAGUUCUUUCAGAACUACAUCGAAAGAGGGCUGCGGCUUGUGGAAAAUGAGCGGGAAGGAAAAGGAAGAAUAUCUUCAUCAUCUAGCUCUGGGCUUUCAUCACCUUCAGUUGAUUCAUCCUAUAUGGCAAGUUCCACUUCUAUAUCUUCUGGAGGUGGCACCAAUGGUGAGGAGGUUGGACCGGCUGUUUAUUUGGAGCGAUUAAAAAUUCUGCGGCAGCGCUGUGGUCUGGAAAACAAUUCAAAGCAUGAAGAAAGACAACCCGCAACUUCACUUCUGUCCAAACCCUCAGUACCUACGGUGGCAUCGUCUUCUGAGUUGUUGCACAAUAAACUCACCCACCUUCGAGAUUCACGGGAGUAUAACCAGGAGCAGGAAUCUCACCAGCCACCAAUGCAGACCGCCAGUAGCACAUCAGCAGCUAAUCUUGAUGAUCUGAAGAAAAGACUGGAAAGAAUAAAAAGCAGUCGUAAAUAAAUGGCCCUUGAAUAAAGGUGGCACUGAUUACAUUUUCUGCAGUAGAAGGCCCCUUCAUAGCUAUUGGCCUGCUAUUGACCUAGUAUGUAUAAAUUUUUGUGUUUAUGUACAAUACAGUGAAGAAUUUUAUGUAUUGUGGCAUAAUUUCUUUCUGUAUAUAGGUUUCUGGACUGCUGUAGCAUCCAAGUGCUGAUAACCUUUGUGCAUUUGUGAAUUGUUUCUCACUGAUUUCUAAAACCAGUGUCAAACCUGAAUUUCAAUCAGCUUCUUCAUCGUGUUCUCUACUUAUCCUCAGUAUGACAAAUUGGGUAGUAUAAAAUAACUUUUGUUGGCUGAUGUUUGCUCCUGUGAUCUUUUGAAACCUCAAUGUUUAUUCCCUGUGAUAACAUUCAGGUUCCAAAUGCUUGUAUUAACCAAAUCAGUCCAACAAAAUACCUUAGUAUGCUACCUGUAUUUUUGUUUAGACUAACACAACUCCAACUAUUUAAUAUUGAACGUGAGAAGAAAGUUUUCUCUGUCUGUUUAGUUCCUUUAGAAAGAUUUAAUUGUUGCUUGUUUUAUUUCCCUUGUGAUCAGCUCAAGUUGAAAUUUGUUGAUUCUAUAUGGAAUCAUGAAGCAUGGCAUGAUAUGAAUAUUUAAGUGUUUUUUUUAAAUAAAGAAUUAAAACCGAGGUCUAAGUGUUACAAUAUUAAAGUUAAGCUUGUAUAUUUCAAGUUAAUGAAUCUACCUAUUGACUCCUAACUUUUUCUAGGUAUAGAAUGGCGACUUAAAUUGGUACUUUUAUAGCUAGGGCCCUGUGCAAGUCAGUUUAGUAACAUGUCACAGAAGAAUCCUGAUCAAGAGUCACAAUUUGGAAGACUUUUUAAAAAAAAGUAUUGGGGGUAAGCAUUACAAUAAACACUAUACAUAUAUUUGAAUAAUU